UUUUGCCACUUGCCAGAUGACAACAAAUUGUCGCGAAUGUCAGUAUUAAUUAACAUUCAAUAUUAUUUCAAAUCCUCAAUAUAAAAGUUUUUAUUUAAUUAAAGACAAUUCAAGAAUCACGGAAUAUUAAAAUGACGGAACGAGAUUACGCUCCCUUGAGCUCAGCAUGCGUUCGAGGGCUUUGCGAUAAGGUCUAUGAAAAAAGAAAAUUUGCUGGAGGAGAAAUUGAAAAAAUGGUCAAAGACUUCAGUGAUGCAAAUAAUACCAACCAGAUAAAACGUCUCAUCCGUGUAUUAGGUCAGGAUUUGAUGUCAUCAACUAACCCAAAUGUCAAGAAUGGUGCUCUGAUGGGACUCUCAUCUGUGGCUGUUGGUUUAGGAAAGGGUUGUGUAUCAUAUGUUGGAGAGCUGACUCACCCUAUAGUGGCCUGUCUCAGUGAGAGUGAAGCUAGAGUGCGUUAUGCAGCAGCAGAAGCCCUAUUUAAUGUGUUGAAAAUUGUGCGAGGGGCAGCUUUGCCCUACUUCCCCAUCAUAUUUGAUGCCCUGGCGAGACUGGCUGCAGAUCCUGAACCGCAGGUGAAACAAGGUGCAGAGUUACUGGAUAGAUUAGUCAAGGACAUAGUGACGGAGAGCGCGUCGUUCUCGGCGGGCGCGUUCGUGCCGCUGGCCCGCGAGCGCAUGUACUCGCGCGUGGCGAGCGCGCGCCAGUUCGCGGUGGCGUGGGUGUGCGCGCUCGACGCGGCGCCCGCGCUCGGCCUGCGCGCGCACCUGCCCGACCUGCUCGACCCGCUCUUCACCGUGCUGGACGACCCUAACCCGGAGAUACGCCGCAUGUGUGAAGUGCAGCUGAAUGAGUUCCUCCGUAGUAUCAGGAAGGAUCCCUCGCAAGUGGACUUCCAGGCCAUGAUCAACAUACUGAUCACACACGCUCAGUCUACUGAAGAACUGCUGCAGGUAUGUAAAGAAAUACGUGAGAUAGCCGCGACAGUCAACCUCCAGUUGAUCAAACUUGUGGAAUCGGAAUCUGAAAGUCCCGAAGCAGCAUUGAAAGAACUAACGAUUGAUGAAAAAGCACAAACAGAAAACGAUAAACAAGAAACAAUAAAAAAAUCAACAGAAGAAAACCAAAACAAAGAAUCAGCAGAAUCCAAAGAUAGUGAAGAAAGUGGAACAAUGGGGGAAAAAUUAAAUCUAGUUGCAGUUGUUGGAGUCCUCACACAGAUGUUGCACCAUAACUCUGUGCAUACCAAGAUAGCGGCGCUCGACUGGAUUCUGCAUUUGUACAAUAAAUUACCUAGCGAAAUGUACCCCCAGACGGAGACCGUGUUCAGCCCCGCGCUGGGCGCGCUCACGGACGGCUCGGACGAGGUGGUGCGCCGCGCCAUCGCGCUGCUCGCCGAGAUCUGCUCCUGCCAGCCGCAGCCCGCCGCUACCACCACCACCACCACCACCACCACAACAACUGCUGCCAUGGCCACUAGCGUCGAGAACGCAGAACUGCCCGUCGAUUUGGAAGCAAGUCCGUAUUAUUACAAAUUCUUGAAAGCGUUGCUGCGGUUGCUCGCAGCCGAUGAGAAUUUAUUAGAAGACCGGGGUGCUUUUAUAAUCAGGCAGCUGUGCGUGCUGCUGCCGGCGGAGGAGGUGUACCGCGCGCUGGCGCGCACGCUGCGCGGCGAGCGCGAGCUGCGCUUCGCGGGCCGGCUCGUGGACGUGCUGUCCGCCAUCCUGCUCACCGCGCCCGAGCUGCACCUCACGCGCCGCCGCCUGCGCGCCUUCCGCGACCCGAGCACGCACGCGCUGUUCCAGUCGCUGUACCAGUGCUGGUGCCACAGCGGCGUGGCGCUGCUGGCGCUGUGCCUGCUCACGCACAACUACGCGCACUGCAACCGGCUCAUAUCCACCUUUGGUGAUCUAGAGAUCACAGUAGAAUUUCUUACAGAGAUCGACAAAUUAGUUCAGCUUAUUGAAUCGCCAAUAUUUGCAUACUUGCGGCUGGAGCUGCUGGGCGGGCGGCAGAGCGCGGCGCUGCGCGGGGCGCUGUUCGGGCUGCUCAUGCUGCUGCCGCAGGGCGCCGCCUUCCACGCGCUGCGCCACCGCCUGCACACCGCGCCGCCGCCCGACGCGCCCUGCCUGCUGCCGGACAGCGAGACUGCGAUGGCGACCGAGGGCGCGCCCGACAUCGACUUCGAGGCGCUGCUGGACGAGUUCCGGCGGGUGCAGGCCGCGCACCGACACUACCGCCUCGCCGAGCGACGCAUCGACCGCCGCGACCGACCCUACCUGUAGCUCUCUGGUAAUUGAUAAAACUGCCUAACCAGCUUGAUUCCGCGGGGCGCAGCUAGUGCAAUAAUAAGUAUAAAAUAACCUGAAUUUUAUGUAUCUUGUUUCAUGUGACGUAGUUCACACCCCACUACUUGACCUGCACCAGCUUUUAAGCUUAAUUGUACCGUUUGGACUGACACAACGGACGCGAUAGUAGCUAGAACAGAAUGAAUAACAAGAUGAUGCUGAGACUUGUUACAGUCAGGACAGACGGACCGGUGUACAAUAGUAAUCCUUCUAACACUCGGUCACAUAUAAAAAUUUAGUUAUAUUUCCAGAAUUUUCAUAAAGUUCUUGGUGCCUUAGAACUAUUUAAACCCAAUAUAAAUUAGUAUAAGAAUCUCUAUAAAAACACCUAGAUGUCCGGUCUCAGCGUUGUAUUAUGUUUUCAUCAUUAUUAAUAUUACUAGUUAAUUUAGAAUUUAGAUCAAUUGAACGCGGCUGCUCGUGAAACCUAAGAGUUUAAUGUUACCUUAAUACAAAACUCGUUAUAGAUAUCGAAUAAGUUUCUAAAAAGGAAUUUUUAAUACUGUCUGCCUGUGAUGGUCUAGUUAUUUAAAACUAAGUAGACACAACUUCAUUUGUACUUUUUGUAAUGUUAUGAUUAGAAAAAUAUGCUUAAGAAAUUACUAUUAUACCCUAGGUAUAUUUGUUCUACAAAAUUUGUAAAUAUUUAAUUUUACAUGAU